CGGCUGUAGUUGGAAUGCAGAUUGAUAGUAUUGGGAGGGCUACUGUAGGGGAUAUUGAGGAGGGGGGUAUGUCUAGCGUGUUGCCUGGUGUGGAGGCAGCUUAUAGCGAGGAUAUGAAGAGGGGGCUAGAACCAGAUUUUAGGAGGACUAAUGGGGGCGGUAUGAAGGGGGGAGGAGAAGGGGAGGAUGUGGGAUUCGUAGCAGGAGGAGUGGGGAAGAGAGACAAGGAAGUGGAAGGGGUUGGCGGUGGGAGGAAGGAGAAGGAGGGGAGGAAGAAGAAGAAGAAGCAUGAGAGGGAUCGGGAGGGGAGAGGGGAGGGGAAAGGGGAGGAGAAGAGUGAGGGGAGGAAGGAAGGGAAAGGGGAGAGCAAGAGGGAAGGGAAGCAUGAAAGGGAUGAGAAGAGGGAAAGGAAAAUGAAGAAGCAUGGGAGAGUGGAGGGAGGGGAAGAGAGGAUGGAGGGUAGGGUGGUUGUGGAGGAGGGGAGGGUGAGGAUAGCAGGGGCAGGAGCAGGAGUAGGAGCAGCAGCAGGAGGAGCAGGAGUAGGUGAAGGUGCUUGUGUAGCAGCAGGAGUGACGGGAAGUGUGGCAUCAGGGGAUCAACAACGAAGGGAGGUGGAGAAGGAGAGAGGAGAGAAAGAGAGGAAGAGGGACAAGGAGAGGAAGGAGAGGGAGCGCGAGGAGGAGAGGGAGCGCGAGAAGGAAAGGGGAGAGAAGGAGAGGGCGCGCGAGAAGGAGAAGGCUAAACAGACGGGGAUUGUGAGCGAGAUGGAGAAGGAAAAAGAGGAGGUAAGAGAGAAGGAGAAGGAGAGAGAGCGGGAGAAACGGCUAGUGGAUGUGGGGCUUUGUGCUGUGCUUGCCAAACGGCCGCCAGGAAGACAAUCAGAGUUUGGGGAGGGGGAGGGGGAUGAGGAGCGGAGGAGAGGAGGAGCGAAGGAGCAGGGGGCAGAGGAAGCAAGAAGAGAUGGGACAGGGGAGGUAGAGGAGGGGGGUGGAGAUGCUUGGGGACAGGAGAGGGAGAGAGAAGGUGGAGAGGAGGAGAAGACUGAGAGGGGGAAGGGUAAGAGAGAGGAAGUGAAGGAAGAGGAGGAAAGGGAGGAAGGGAAGGGGAGGAGGGACGAUGAUGCUAGUUCGGAUGAGGAUUUCCCGGGGGAUUACCGGGAAGGGCAGGCUCGGAUGAGGCGGAAAGAGGCUCGGAAACGGCGGAGGAGGUUCGGGGAAUAUGGCAAUGGAGAGGAGGAAGAGGAGGAGGAGGACGACGAGGACGAGGUGGACGGGAUGGAUGGGAUGGGGAUGGGAGAGGAGGAGGGACAGGGGGGAGGUGCAGGGAUGGGUGGAUUGUUAGGGUCUGCGUGGUUCUUAGGAGUAGCAGCCGGGGGACUAGGAGCAACAGGAAUAGGAGCAUCUGCGAAUUCUUCCCCCUCUGCUACUGCUGCAGCAGCAGGAGCAGCAGGGGGAGCAGCACUGGGAGGGGCGCCAGGGUCAGUGCCAAAGAGAAGGCGAAGCUCGAGAAUAGCAGAGAGGGUGGAGAAGCGCACCUGGCGAUCCAUGGAUCUCGGAUGGGUGGCUGGUGCUGCUGCUGCCGCUGCUGCUGCCGCUGCCACUGCCGCCGCUGCUUCUGCCGGUGCUGGUGCUGGUGGCGGGCAUAAUGCGAGUUCUAGGGGCGGGAGGAAAGGAGCAGGGGUGGGAGUGCCUGGGUUCCGGCAUCCGGGGGUGCCGGGAGUGAUGGUGAUGAUCCCGCCUGCGGAAAUCGUAUCGGAUUUUGUACAGAUCACGGGGAAUCCGCCGCCGCCGCCCAAGAAGGGGUACCGCUACUGGCGGAACUUCAUUCCUUUUCAGUGCUUGGAUGGCCUGCCCAAGGGACAUGACUGGGCUAAGGGCUACCCCUGGCCGCUUGUGCCCAAACCAUGAACUGCGUUAUGCUGAGUGGUGACCUUGUUGUUGCCAUCAUGGGCUUGAUUUCCCCGUCGUUUUUUAGUCACUCAGAUGUGGUUGGAGCUUUCUCUUAUAAAUGGGUUGUAUGUUUAGACCUCGAGUGGUAUUUGUUUUACACAGUUGAAUGAGGGUUAUUGUGAUGAAGCGCAAAGGUUGUGUGUCGAAGGAUUGAUUAACGAGG